AUGUGUAGGAAAUUAUGGGGAAGCUUUUCUGAAGAUAAAAGGACCUCCUUUACGUACCUUGACUGCUUAUGGUUUCACUUGUAUAGGAGACAACCCUAUAAAGCCAAAGUGCUAACAUGGAUUAAGAAUAAGCACAUUUUUUCAAAGAAAUAUGUUUUGGUUCCUAUUAUUUGCUGGGAUCACUGGAGCCUCUUGAUCUUCUGCCACUUUGGUGAGAGCUUGCAAUCAAAAACCAGAACACCAUGCAUGUUAUUGCUGGAUUCGCUCCUAAUGGCAAAUCCAAGGUGGGUUGAACCAGAUAUAAGAAAGUUUGUGUUGGACAUUUAUAAAGCAGAGGGUAGGCCUGAGAAUGAGGACUUUAUUUAUCGAAUUCCUCUCCUGGUGCCUAAGGUUCCUCAACAGACAGGUAAUCAGGAAUGCGGUAGUUUUGUUCUUUACUUUAGUAAAUUGUUCGUGGAAGGCACUCCAGAGGAUUUUAGAGUUGAGGAUUAUCCUUACUUUGUAAGUUUCAGCUGGCUGUCAUGUUUAUUGCUUCAGGCGCUUCAUACAAUAAACAUGACAACCAGCGGAAACUUACAAAGUUUCCGACCAAAAGUAGUCUGUGAAGGAGUUCCUCUUUUCGUGGCUGCUGAUGAUAGCUUAAUGGCUUCCUUAGCAGUAAUGAACUUCACUUUGCCAGUUUCAGCAGGCUUUUGCCUUUUAGAAUAUGCCUACCCCCCAGAACUGGGACCUACUGUAUGCAUACCAUCUCGGCAGCCUAUUUCAGAGGAAUCCAAUGUCAUAGUUCUCAUCAUACAUUUCUUAAAACAAGCUUCAGGCAAAACUAUAUUGCUUGACAGACAUGAUUCACAAGUUCAAUUUUUUGUGUUAUCGUUGGAAUAG